CCCCCCCCCGCAGAUCCGGGAGACGCGGAGGACGGUGCGGGACUCGGACAGCGGCCUGGAGCAGAUGUCCAUCGGGCACCACAUCCGGGACCGGGCGCACAUCCUGCAGCGCUCCCGCAACCACCGCACCGGGGACCAGGAGGAGCGGCAGGACUACAUCAACCUGGACGAGAGCGAGGCCGCCGCCUUCGACGACGAGUGGCGGCGGGAGACGUCGCGCUUCCGGCCGCAGCGCCCGCUGGAGUUCCGGCGGCACGAGGCGGCGGGCGCGGCGGGGGCCGGGGCGGCGGGCGCGGCGGCGGGGCGCAGGGCCGAGGGCCCCCCGCGCCUGGCCAUCCAGGGCCCCGAGGACUCCCCGUCCCGCCAGUCCCGCCGCUACGACUGGUGAAGCCCCGGCCUGGCGGCCGGCCGGACACCGCCCCCCCCAGCGCGGCCCCGCCCCCACCUUUAAUAUUAAAUUAACAGGCAAGCCGGCCCCCCCCACCCGGCCGGGCGCCCUCCCCCCCCCACGCCCCCCCACCCCCCCACUUGAGUGCUCCCAGCUCCCUGUCCCCCCCCCCCCCCCCCGCCACGCACCCCAGGGGGUGGGGGCUCCUGGGGGCCCCGAGUGCUCCCCCUCCACCCCAUGGUGGGGCCGUGGAGGGGGCGGGCUGACCCCCACUCCCCCCCACACCCCGCCCCACGCGUCUCGCGCCCCCCACGCCCCGCCUUUAUUUUUGGAUUGGCCGGGAGGCGUUCAUGGAAUAAAGGAGAAACGAGAA